UUUUUUUAAUUUUAGACCAUUUCCUGUACUAACGCAGACAGCCUGAAAUAUCACAAUGCCGAAAAAAGGCAAAGUGAACAAGUUGGCGCGCAUGUCAGAUGAAGAACGGGCUCGGUAUCUUCAACAUCGAGCCGAUGUUGAGGAAGAAGCUCGCAGAAGGAAGCGAGAACUUAUUGCACGAUUCAUUAAGAAUAAAUUGGAUAAAGAAGAAUCCUUUGCGAAAAUAAACACAGCGAAGAUAAAUCAAGAAUGGCGAUACAUUCUACGCAGGAUCAAAUGCAAGCAAAUGGCUUUGGACAUACAGGGGAUGAUGAGCAGUUUCAACUUCUUGUUGGAGAGGAAGAAUCGCCUUCUGGCCUUCUUGAUGAGUUCCAUAGAAGAUUCCGAUGACCAGCACCGAAGAGCGUUCCAAGCACACACAGAAACUUUGAGCUACUUUCUUAAAAUAGGCUCUCAGCGUCUCGACAAAUUACAAUCGGCAUAUGAAUUUCAAAAGAACAACUUCCUUGAGACUUGGGACAAGGAAGAGAUGGAUAUCACGGACAACCAGGACAGGGCAGAGUUCAAGUUGACGCUGGUGACAUACAUCCAGGAUCGGGACUUUCAGAUCUUCAAGAAGGAGAAGGAAAUACAAAGAGCGACCGAGAAAAAUGAUACACGUCUUGAGUAUGAAGAAGAAAUGCACAAUCUCUGCAAGCCGAAACAGUUGGAAAUAGACAUGUACUGGACGAAGCUCCGAGACAUCUACAACAUGUAUUUGGAGAAGCAUAAUCCCAUCAUGGCCCACUACAACACUUUGCGGGAAAAGGACGAAUUCUAUCAAAGUGACAUCGCCAAAAACGAGAUCCAGAUUCAACACGCUACGGAGGUUCUGAUAACACUCCAAAGUGAAUGGAUAAAGUCGACGAACGUUAUGAACAACAAACUCAGGCGUAUGAACAAUCAUAAGGAAGAAUUGGCUAAGAAACAUUGGCAGAUGAAGAGAGAGACGAAAGUAGCGCGAGGAAAGGAGGAAGAAAUGUUAGCUGUGUUGGUCGAUGCUAGUCAGGAUGCCAUAAAGCGACUUCAAAGCGUAAGUGAUAAAUUGGAAAAAAUCAAACAAAUGGGUGAGAUCUGCAGUAAAUACGAAAAAGACAAUGACAAGCUAUUUCUUGAGGAACCUGAGGACAAUGGAGCUGCUGAUGAUUUUGAAACCUUGGACAGCGCGAUGAUUGACGAAUGCAAAGAGUAUAAAAAGAUGGACAAAUUCCUGUUAAAAGUCAACAGAGUGAAAGUCCAGACAAUGUGCCUUAAAACGGAGAGGAUCAAGCUUGCUAAGGAGAACAUCCAACUGAAGCAGUACAUCAAGAGAUACUUGACUGAAUUGGCUCUGAAAGGAGGGAAGGAGAGGCCUUUGAGUAUGAAGAUACAGUCCGAAAUGCAGAAGAUCGAUUUGAAUGGGAAAUUAUUAAACCGUCCUGUGACCUGCAUAGAGGGAGCCCUGUCAAAUGCUGUGCUGCAUGAGAAAAGAAUGAAGCUAGAAGAGAAGAAAAUCAAGGAAUUAGGAUCCAUCAGAGCCUACCCUCGAGUUUUUUGUUCAUAACACGAAGGUUUAUUGGAUCAGUAAUCAAUAAUAAUAUUAUAAUCUUUAUCAUAAU